AUGAAGGACCACGAAGAGCUUCAGCAAGCAGAAAUUUAUUGGAUAAAGCAAGCACAGAUAACACUGUACAGUCGACUGGAUAGAGGGGAAUUCAAAUCGCUCAGCCCGUUCAAAGAUGAAAACGGAGUUAUCAGAGUUGUAGGAAGACUGGAUGAAGCUAUCGUGUCCUAUGAAACGAGGCACCCUGCCCUUCUUCUAAGUGACCACUGGGUUUCCCUCCUUGUAACAAGACAAGCUCAUCAGUACGGACACUCCGGCGUAGCAGCCACCACAGGCAAGACGCGAAGGAAGUUUUGUAUCUUGAAAGCGAACAAGCUAAGCAAGUCCGUGAAAUUUAAGUGCGGAUUUUGCCGAGAAAUGGCACAUAAGACGGAGACGCAGCUAAUGGCAGACCUACCUAUUCUCCGUUUAGCACCACACACACCGCCAUUUUACUACACCGCGUGUGAUCACUUUGGUUCCUAUAACGUCAAAAUAGGGAGAAGCAAGACGACUAAGCACUAUGGCGUCAUCUUCACGUGCCUAAACACCCGGGCUGUCCAUCUAGAGUUAGCGAUUGACCUAACUACAACGGAGUUCAUCCAAGUUCUUCGUAGAUUCUUUUCAAUCCGAGGAUACCCAGCAGCAAUACUAAGUGAUAACGGAACACAGACGGUUGGAGCCGCUAACGAACUGAAAGAGAUGGUGAAAAAUCUAGAUGACGAUCAGUUACGCGAGUUUUGCGGAGGAAAGAGCAUUAAGUGCAUCUUCACAACGCCAGCUGCGCCACAUCAAAACCGAUGUGCAGAAGCCCUUAUCAAGAGCUGCAAGAGAUCACUGAAGAUUGCAAUCGGCGACCAACUUCUGACGCCUUUCGAGUUGUACACCUGCCUCCUAGAGAUCGCAAACCUGUUGAAUCAACGUCCCAUAGGGCGCAUCCCCAAUGAUCCAGACGACGGAGCGUACCUGUGUCCGAACGACAUGCUCCUUGGAAGAGCAACUCCGGAGGUACCACAAGGUCCAUUUAAAGAUACCAGAAAUCCUCGUAAGCGAGUAGAGUUCGUGCAAAGAAUAGUUGAUUCAUUCUGGAGACGCUGGACUAGGGAUAUCUUCCCCACCCUGGUACCAAGAAAGAAGUGGCAUGUUGAGAACCGCAAUGUUAAAGUUGAUGACAUAGUUACGGUAGCCGAUAAUAACGCUGUGAGAGGCAAGUGGGCUGUGGGAAGAGCAACCAAAGUAUACCCUGGAGAUGAUGGACGCGUUCGAAACGUUACAGUGAAGACAUCCACCGGAGAAUACAGUUGUCCAGUGACAAAAAUUGCAGUAAUUCACCCUACUGAAGGCGACGACUAA